AUCGAUCGCGAUUUGUUGUCCAGCAAGAAACGAAACGAAACGAAACGAAACGAAUCAUCGAAUGGAGGUUUCCGGCAACGCAGACGAAGAACUGCACCGGCAGCAAAGCAUCCUCCUCCGGGAGGGCCUAGAAGACCUAAUGGAGCACAUCCAGCAACACCGCCACGAAGAACCCGYGUCCUCCCUCGAGGAACGWUACCUGCUCCUCGUUUCUUCCUACCCACCCGAAUGCCUGCGCUCCGCCGUGGCCAUGACGGACGCCGACUUGUUUGCCUACCGCCACARCGACAACGACAACGACAAMGAUUGCCCGUCUGGAGCAGCGGAGGUUCCGGUUCCUUCCGAUGGCAACAAAAACAGAGCCAGGGCCUUCACGCAGCGACUCCCGAUCCACCUGGCCUGUGACAAGGCCGCGCCGCUAUCGAUCUUCCAGAGCCUCCUGGAGGCCGAUCCCUCUACCGUUGGAAGGCCCGACAAGUGGGGGGACCUGCCGAUCCACACGGCCUGCAGCCGGGCCGCGGUCUCCUUCUCCGAGUCCGAUGCGGGCGAUCCCCUGUGGAACGGACCCACGAGCCUUGCUUCGGCCGCCCGCGACGAAACGGUGGAAACCAUCCGGCUCCUCCUGGAGGCCGACGUCCACAAAACCACGCUCUUUGUCCGGGACGUCUACGAGUCGCUUCCCCUGCACACGGCGGUCCGGUACAACGCCCCGCCCUGCGUCGUGGAGAUGCUCCUGGACGCGGAGGAGGAAAGCCUUGCUCGGAGGGACGCUUGUCCGAGGCCUUUGGCACCGUUGUCGGCCCUGUACACCGAGGGRCUCCACGGCCAGGUCCCGCUCACGGUGGCCUGCCGGAGCGGGAAUCCCUCCCCGGGGGUGCUGGGGCUCCUGCUGGACCGRGACGACRACCGCAAYGGCGACGGCUUKYAUCCCUCCACCGCCCUGCACAGGGACGCCACGGGCAGGUUGCCCGUCCACGUGUUCAUGCUGCGGAACACCUGCGAGGUGUCGCUGCGGACACUGCUCAACGCCAUGCUGGGCUGCUCUUCGAACCGCAACAAGAGAGGACAGGGUGGCAGCCGGAACAGCAUCCUGCGCAUCGGACUGGACGCCUGGAAGGUCCAGCUGCGGAGGGACCUCAUCGAGGGAACGGACGCCUCCGGGAGCAACAGGCAGGGACUGUACGAGCGCGACUUUGUCACCCGGGACAAGCUCGAUGUCAUUCGUGCCGAGCUGGAGGUCCUGUACGAGAAGUGCAUCGCCCUGGAGCUGGUGGUKUGGAAGAACAGCAUGGACAUACGAGAAAAAGACGACGAAAGCAGUGCGGGGGGGACGCCGCCGGAAGAAAAAUGCGACAAAAGCUCCGAACGAGACAACGGAUUCCGAGAGCGUUGUCGCAUCGUUGGUGGUGCCGAAAUCAUCGUGCCGAACGUCCUGUCCUGGCUGGAAGACGAGCCGGUACAAAACAUAUUGGACACCUUUGCCUCCUACGGAUAUCUCGGCAGCGAUGUCGACAAGAACUGAUGAAAUGGAUCUCGAAUGGUGAAAAAAUCGAAUCGAAUAGAAUCCAUUGCACACCAAACAAAUCGCCAAGUGAGAGGAAUUCCAAGAAAAGUCCGUUAUGUUGUUGCUUCUGUCUUGUAUGUAUCGGAUUGUUACUGUAAAUAUUGUUUUGUUUGAUACUCUGAUGCAUAAGUACGUGUAUGGAUGCGUAUGCGUGCUGACUUGGUGCUCUUUUCGUCUGUUCGAAUACCAAAUCUACUCUGCUUUGCAAGACUAUGAGCCAUCACRAGACACGUCUUGGUUCCGUGAGAUAUGUGGCGGUAUAGUACCCCCAAGUGCCAGGCRGUGGAGAAGAAUGGGCUAGAACUGGAAGUGCCUGUGUAGCCGGAUAGGUUGGGAGGGAAAGAGGUACCCUGGGAUUGAAAGAC